AUGUCAACCCCAAUCCAGAUGAUUCACAUCCACUACAGACCCAAGUCCCUCUUACUGCUGGACUCGGACAAUAAAACACCUCUUUACACCGUGAGAGUGUGCCGGGAAACACCUCAAAUGCAACUGGCCCGACUGAACAACUCACCAGAUUCCGUGCAUGUUGAUGUCGGUCUCUGUACUGCAUCCUUCAAGAUGCUCAGCAUGAACGUCACUCUCUCUCUGCAUGGCCAUGAAGUCCAUCUUCGACAUCCAAACACUUUCACGCGCACCUAUGGGUUUGACAGCAUUGAACUUCAGGGAAUUACCCUGCACUGGGAAUCUGAUGGCGCGUUGACUGGUGAAUUUAAGGUUGUGGAUCAGGACAGUGGUCAGGUACUCUCCCGAUCUAGGAAUAGGCUCUGGACUGUCGAGGAGGUAGGGUCGUUUGAGAUGGUCGGGGAUUUGUGA